AGUUUGAAUUUAGAAGCUGUAUUCAUGGUUAUGUUUUCAAAGUUGAAAUGAAUCCAAACCCUAUCGUUCUUGGAAAAGACGUAACUUUUGAUAUUUUUGCCACUGUAACUGAUGAUGUCGGGAAUAAUGGAUAUGUCUUAGUGAAUUUUAAGGACGCACAUGACAAUCUUUUACUAUUUGAACCAUUUCUUCUUUCUUCAGGCAUUAAAGCUACGAAACAAUUGAUGGUUCAUAUUCAUUGCCAGUACGACUCUCAAGUUUACCAGCAA